GAAGCAGUGGAAUGAUGUUGAUGUUUGUUGGACAUUCAGCGAAUGCAAUGUGUCAGUGUGGAAUAGUGGGAACACAUUGAAAAGGACGGAGAGAAGAGACACAGUCUCACAGGAUGCUGGAGUCUUACGUCACUCCGCUCUUGAUGAGCUAUGUGAAUCGCUACAUCAAGAACCUGAAGCCAUCAGACCUGCAGCUGUCACUAUGGGGCGGAGACGUGGUGCUCAGCAAGCUGGACCUCAAACUAGAUGUUCUAGAACAGGAGCUGAAGCUGCCCUUCACCUUUCUGAGUGGCCACAUCCACGAGCUGCGUAUCCACGUGCCAUGGACCAAGCUGGGCUCGGAGCCUGUGGUCAUCACCAUCAACACCAUGGAGUGCAUCCUCAAGCUGAAGGACGGAGCACAGGACGAGCAUGACAGCUGUGGCUCCAGCUCCACCAGUCGCAGUGCCUCCGACAGUGCCAAGUCUGUGGCCAAGCCACGACGCCUGCAGCAGGCUGCCCCCACCGACCCAGACCUGCCCCCAGGUUACGUCCAGAGCCUGAUCAGGCGGGUGGCCAACAACGUCAACAUUGUGGUCAACAAUCUCAUCCUGAAGUAUGUGGAAGACGACAUUGUGCUGUCCGUCAACAUCACGUCUGCCGAGUGCUACACGGUGGACGAGCUGUGGGACAGGAACUUCAUGGACAUCACCGCUCCAGACCUGGUGCUGAGGAAGGUGAUUAACUUCUCGGACUGCACGGUGUGCCUGGACAAGCGCAACGCCAGCGGCAAGAUCGAGUUCUACCAAGACCCGCUGCUCUACAAGUGCUCUUUCAGGACACGCCUGCACUUUACCUACGACAACAUCAACUCCAAGAUACCCGCCGUCAUUAAGAUCCAGACGAUGGUGGAGAGCCUGAAGUUGUCCAUGACGGACCAGCAGCUGCCUAUGUUCAUCCGGGUGCUGGAGCUGGCCCUGGCCCUCUACUACGGGGAGAUGGACAGCCCCAAGGAGGCCGAGGGGGACAAGGGCCCAGCCGGCAGCGGCAGAGAUGUGGUCGUCAGCAGCAUCCCAGGUAUGGAAGUGGACCUGGAUCCCCAGGCCAUGAUGGGUCAGUACCCUAGCCCAGAUCAGUACAUGUCCCCCGGGUCGGAUGACGAUGAUCAGGGCUGGGUGUCGUGGGCCUGGUCCUUUGUGCCGGCCAUCGUCAGCGUGGAGGAUGAAGAGGGGGGCUUCUACGCGGAGGACGAGGAGGGAGGAGGCAGCCCCAGUGGUGGACCCACACAGCACACCCCCAAAGAACCCGUGGUGUCCAUCGGACUCUACUGCACCAAAGCCUCCGUCAUGUUUAAGCUGACAGAGACCCAGUCGGAGAGUAGCUACUACAGUCCCCAGAAGGUGAAGUCAAGAGAGGUGCUCUGCGUGGAACAGGAGGGCAUCACAGUGGAGGCGCUGAUGAAGGGCGAGCCGUUUUUCGACUGUCAGAUUGGCGUGGUGGGCUGCAGGGCCUACUGCCUCAAGGGCAUUAUGGGGGUGCGCGACUUUGAGGAGAACAUGAACAGACGCGAAGAGGAUGCUGUGUUCUUCACGUGUGGAGACAGCUUGAGCUCCAAGGGCAUGACCUACCUGACCAACUCUCUCUUUGACUACCGAAGCCCAGAGAACAACGGUGUCCGCGCAGAGUUUGUACUGGAUGGAAACCUGCACAAGGAGAGCUCCACAGAGAUAGCGGGCCUGCAGAGGUUUGGGGCAUUCUACCUGGAUUACCUCUACACAAUGGAGAACGCCACAGACAAAGGGUGUGUCGGGUCUCAGGACUUCUCGUCGACAGGGAAAGAGGAGCCGCCUCCACCAGUUCAGGAGUCGUCAGUGAAGCGGCUGGUGAUAGGCCCAAUUGACCUGCGUCUCCAUAGCAGCGCUGUGCACCGCAUCUUCAAGAUGGUGGCCUGCGCGCUGGACCACGAGUACGAGCCUUACAUCAGACCCAAACCAGACGUGGUGGAAGAGAGGGCGCCCCCUACCCAGGAGGAGCUGUCUGCGCUGGAGGAGUUCAUCCCCACGCGCCUCACCUCCGUCACGCUGCUCAGCAUCUCCGUCACGCUCUGCAUGGCUGAGUUCAACCUGCUGCACACUGUGCUGCCUCUCAUCAUGGGACACAAGACGUGUCCUCCCCAGCCCAGCUCCCCCGUGUCCCAGGUGCUGCGGCCGCUCCCCGUGGUGCGCCUGCUGGUGGAGCGGGUCAACCUGGAGCACUCGGAGCCCAUGUACGCCCCCGAGCUGGUCAGCGCCGUCAGCAGCCUCUCCCAGCCCUCAGACAACCUGCUGCACCACUGCUACGCACACUGCUACCUCAAGGUGUUUGGUUUCCAGGUGGGUCUGAGCUCCAUGGAUGCGGAGGGUUCCUUCCUGCCCCUGAUCCCCAUAGUGCCCUCCUUCAGCACGGCCCUGUACGCCAAGCUGCUGCGCCUUCCCGCCUACUGGACCAAGAGGUCUUCCGUGUCCACCACCGAGUGCAUCUUUGAGCUGCCGCACUUCUCUGUGCAGGGCAGUAGAGCUCAGCUGCUGCUGCUGCAGGCCAUAGGACAGAGCUGGACCCACAGCCUGGGCAACGGAGCCACGCCUGCACUCAGCGAGGGACUACUCAACGACGUCUACAAGACACCCACAGCAGGUGCGAAGGCGUCGGGUUCCGCUCCGGUGUUGGAGGCCUCGGUGCAGAGCGUGGAGCUGAAGUGGUGUCGUCGGGCGACGGUGCAGUGUGCCUCGGGGACGGUGGGGGCUCUCAAAGUGUGUGCCAGGACUCUAGGGUCUUCAGAGGGCCAAAAGGAACUGCUGGUGCCGCUGAUCCAGGGUCCGUCGGACACCAAGGAGCUGCACCAGAGUCGAUGGCUGAAUGAGCUGCGUAAGCCUGAGUCUCUACUGGCCCCAGACCUGCUGGCCUUCUCCAUACAGGUGCCACAGCAAGGGGACGACUGCCGCAACUCAGGUGCUGUGCUGCUGGUCAGUGUGCAGGGUAUAGCGGUGAAUGUGGACCCAGUGUUUUGCACGUGGCUACUCUACCAGCCGCCGAAGGGGAGCGGCAGCAGGCAACAACAGCAGGCUCAGGGUGUGCCCCAAGCGGUGAUGUCGGGGGCCAAGCGGCGGGAUGACGAGGCGUCCGUCGGGAGCGCACCGCAGGCCAAGCAGCCCUCCAACCAGGCAUCCGACUACGCCAGCAGCCCCGUCAAAACCAAGACCGUCACAGAGUCGCGUCCCCUGUCCAUCCCCAUGAAAGUGCUGCCUUCGUCGGGCUCGGAGUCCUGUUCCUCCCCUGAGGAGCGCAUGAAGGAGCUCAUCGCCUGCGUAUGGGACGCAGUCAAACGCCUCACGCUGCAGCUGGAGCUGCAGUCGUGCUGCGUGUUCGUGCCCAACGACAGCCUGCCCUCCCCCAGCACCCUGGUGUGCGGGGACAUCCCCGGCACGGUGCGCAGCUGGUACCACGGCCAGGCGGCCAUGCCGGGCACCCUGGUGCUGUGCCUGCCCCAGGUGGGCGUGCUGAGCGCCGGCCAUAGGCGCAUGGAGCCCCUGCAGGAGAUCCCCUUUGCGGUCAGCCGGCCCAUUCUGGAGGAGGGCGAUGCGUUCCCGUGGACGGUGAGCCUGAGCCAGUUCAGCGUGUACACCCUGCUGGGUCAGCAGCGCUCCCUCAGCCUGCUGGAGCCCAUGGGCUGCACCUCCACGCUGGCCAUCACCUCCCACAAGCUGCAGGUGUCCGCCUCCAUCGCCGCCGCGGUCCACCCACAGGCAGCAGCCGCGUCCCCAGCCAUGCCCACGGCCCCGGCCCCGCCAGAGGGCCUCCAUCGGCACGCCUUCAUCGUUUGUCUGCAUGUGGACCUGGAGCCCGUGCGUUUCAAGUGCUCAAACCCACAGAUUCAGUUGCUGUAUGACUUGUUCCUGAGUUGGAGCUCCACCUGGUCUCGUCUGCAGAGGAGGGGUAUCCUCCGCCAGACCUCCAGCUUCCCUCCGGACGCCCCCUCCUCUGCCGCCGCGGCCGCUGCCACCGGUGGUGCUGGCCCCUCCUCCCCCGUGCCCAGCAGCGCGGGCACCAUGCCCCCCGACACCAGCACCUGCAGCCCCUCCGCUGACUUCUGCUCCCCCACCGAGGGGGACUCUGUGCAGGCGGCAGACGACUCUCCGUUUGCGGAGGCGGUGACGCUGGAGCAGAGGACCAGCAGCAUCGGGGGCGCCAGUGGCAAGGUCAGCCUCUGGAUGCAGUGGAUGCUGCCCAAGGUCACCGCCAAGCUCUUCGCCCCCGACCCCCUCAACAACAAGUCAGAGAUCUGUGUCCUGAGCGAGCUGGAAGACCUGAGUGCCUCAGUGGACGUGCAGGAUGUCUACACCAAGAUCAAGUGCAAAGUGGGCAGCUUCAACAUCGACCACUACAGAACCAGCCUGGAGGAGGGCCCCGGUGGUGGGCUCCGCGGAGGAGGAGGUGGGGUGGUCCUCUCUUGCACUGACAAGCUGAACAGACGCACUGUGCUGGUCCGGCCCGUCAGCAAGCAGGACCCUUUCAACCACCACUUCUCUGGCUUUUUCCCUCCUACGGCCGCCAAGGCUCUGGAGGUGUCCCACCAGCAGCACGGCUUCCUGUCCGUCACCUACACGCAGGCCGUCACGCGCAAUGUGCGCCACAAGCUGACCGCCCGUCAGGAGCGCGCCGUGCCCCGUGGUGUCGGCGGAGGGGUGAUGGGUGGUGGCCCUGGUGGUGGUGGUGUUGGACUAGGAGGUCUGGGUGCGGGGUUCCUAGGGGAGGGCCAGUACGCUGGGAUGUCCUCUUCGGCGGCCGCCGCGGCCGGGACCAUGGCCCUGGUGGACGGCUCGCCCCAACACCUGCACGAGAUCCUGCUGACCGCGCAGCCCUUUGACCUGGUGCUGUCCUGCCCCCUGCUGGCGGCGGUGGCCGGGGUGUUGGACGUGACCCCGGGGCCCUCGUCGCGGAGGAGGCAGCUGAGGGAGAGGGGCAGGCAGGGGGGCGGCGGCCAGCCCAUGAGGAGCCACGCCUUCACCUCCAGCAGCCUGCCACUCAUCUACGUCAACACCAGCGUCAUACGCCUCUUCUGCCCCACCGACACAGACUCCCCUCAGAAGAAGGAGGACACCCUGGUGCUGAAGAUUGGCUCUGUCAGCAUGGCUCCUCAGGCAGACAACCCCCUCACUCGCACCGUGCUGCGCAAGGACAUCUACCAGAGGGCUCUGAACCUGGGCAUCCUGCGAGACCCGGGCUCAGAGGUGGAGGACCGGCAGUACCAGCUGGACCUGCAGUCCAUCAACAUCGGCACGGCCCGCUGGGAGCAGCUGCGGCCCGAGAAGGACGCGGGGAAAGCAGGCUCCCCCGCCGAGGUGGAGAGGAACUCCCAGAACCCCGCGCUGGAGUGGAACAUGGCCAGCAGCAUUAAGCGUCAUCAGGAGCGUCGGGCCAUCCUGACUCCCAUCCUGACGGACUUCUCUGUGCGCGUGACGGCCGCCCCAGCCAUCAUCUUCAGCAGACCCAUCUCCCCCGACAACUCCCAGGUGGAGGAGAUGGUGGUGUGUGGCCAUUCUCUGGAGGUGAACGUGACCACAGGGCUGGACUUCUUCCUGAGCGUGGCCCAGGUUCAGCUCCUGCAGCAGCUGCUCACGGCCAACAUGCUGGGGGCCCAACCCCCGGAGAAGAGCACCGAGGUCCGUGGUCAGGAGCAGCAGAGAGCCCCAUCCAUGGCCUCCUCCUGCGCUGCCGAGAGUGUAUCCUCCUGGCCCAGUGGCGCCCCUGGUGGUGGUGUUGGUGGCGGUGGAGGAGGAGGAAGAGGGGCCGGGAUCGGGGUCGGUGCCCAGGACAGUGGCUUCGGCAGUGACAGCGCCCGCCUGCGCAUCGUCCAGAUCGAGCAGCAAAGUGGCGCCAGCCAUCACCGCCUGGCCCGGCCCUCGCGCCAGCCCACCAUCACCAAGAACCUUUCCUUUAUCCCCUUCGACGUCUUCCUCACCGCCGGCCGCGUGGCUGUGAUGACCUACGCCACGUCCCGCGUGCCCAAACCAUCCCAACCGACGACACCGACAACUACUGCUGCAGAUGCCACCAGUCCCAAGACAUCCACCACUACCACCAUCAGCACCGGAGAUCGGCCAAGCAAGAGUGCCCUCAACAUGCCCGAGGGCGAUCAUCACCCUCCCGCCCACGUCCCUGAUCCGGCCUCCAGCCCUCCGCCGCCUGCCACCCCUGCCACGGCGAUGACCUCCGACCUCUCCGUGCUGACGGCCGAAGACCUGCUGAACAGCAACAGCCCCAUGGCAGGGGGCCGCACGCCGGGCCCGGGGGGGCUCCUGUCUCUGGAGAGCCUCCAGGCCCCCAGUCGCUCGUCAGCACGCCAGGCGCUGGGUGUGACGGUGGUGCGUCAGCCGGGGCGUCGUGGUGCAGGGGACAGCCUGCUGGAGCCUCUGCUCUACCUGCAGCUCUUCCAGCCCUCCGCCCUGCUCUCCUGCCACCACCGCAAGCAGCGCCUGGAGCUCUCCCUCUUCGACACCGCCCUCAAGGGAGUGGCCCCCACAUACAAGUGCAUCGACCCAGGUAAGAGUCUUCCUGAGGCUCUGGACUACAGUGUGUUCUGGCUGCAGACGGUAGCAGGCGAGGUGGACAGCCGCACUGGAAUCCCCCCUCCCCUCCUCACCCUGCAGAUCAAAGACUUCCUCAAUGGCCCAGCGGAGCUGAACGUGGAGCUGUCUCGCCCGCUGAAGGUGAACCCCACACUGGCCAAGCUGGACCAGGCCAAAGCCUUCCUGCGGAGGGUGUUCCCCGAAACAGCCGAACCAGGACACCCCCACACCACCACCACCACCACAUCCACUGGCCCCCAGUCCUCCCCAAGCAAGACGGCCUCUCAUCGCGCCCCCUCCUCGGCCGCCACCCCACCCUCCACCCCGUCCAGAAGCUGGGGUGCCUCGGUGGGGGGGUCGUCCCCUCUGCUCUCCCUGCAGCCCUUCCACAAGGUGUCGGUGCGCACCGUGCAGAUGGUGGUGGCCCUGGACACCGAUGCCCACCCGGCGAGGCCCAGUCUCAGCCUGUCCGUGUCCGGCCUGAAGGGCAGCCUGGUCAUGAAGCAGGGGCCCAAGCUGACAGACCCGGUCCAGCUUGCGUCUCUGCUGGUGGAGGUGGAUGACCUGCUGGUGAAGACGGGCCUGCGGGACCGCAGCCGGCUGCUGCUUGGCCCCCUCACCUGCAGCGCCGAGCUGGAGGCCCGCUGGUGCCGGCACAGCCGCAGCCCCGCACCCGGUCCGGAGCCGGGCCCACCCAAGCUGCUACUGGACCUCAAGGGAGGCCUGCUGCAGGUCUUCUGGGGUCAGGAGCACCUGAACUGCCUGUUGCUGAUCCAGGAGUACCUCCAGGGCUACCUGCAGAAGAAGAACAGCGGCCAGACCCAACCAGGCCCCGAGGAGCCCCCUCCAGCCUCCCGCCCCCACUCACCCCCCGGACCCCACCCCUUCAAGACAGAGCACAGCUCCGACGACCUCCGCACCGGCCUCUUCCAGUACAUCCAGGACCCAGCCUCUCAGAAGCUGCCCGGGCCGCACGAGGUGGUGUUCUACAAUGAGACGGACGACAGCCCAGGGGUGAUGAUGUGGCGCUACCCCGAGCCGCGGGUGCUGACCUUCGUGCGGAUCACCCCCGUGCCCUUCAACACCACCGAGGACCCCGACAUCAGCACCGCUGACCUGGGGGACGUGCUGCAGGUUCCCUGUAGCCUGGAGUACUGGGAUGAGAUCCAGCGUGCCUUCGUGCCCUACCGGGACUUCAGCCUGUCGGAGAGCCAGGCGUGUGAGCUGCAGCUGCCCAGCGUGGGCAGCCUGGCACUGGGCCUGGGGGGGCUGGACCGGCAGCAGAGGGAGCUGGUGGCCUCCGACCUCUGGAGGGUGGUUGUCAACAGCACAGCCGACACCGGCGACGAACAGAGUUCGGACAGUGAGUCUGGUUCUCAGCUGCAGUGUGAGCAGCUGGUGUCCCCCACGGCGCUGGCCGCCUGUACCCGCGUGGACUCCUGCUUCGCCCCCUGGUUCGUGCCCUCCGUGGGCAUCGCCCUGCAGCUCGCCCAGAUACAGCUACGCUUCUGCCACCACCUGGAGCAGCUGGGCACAGCCCCAAACCAGCGUCUCCGCCCCUUCCUGUCGGACAGGAAGUUGCCCCCGGAGCAGGAGUACAUGUUGGUCUGCGUCCAGGAGCCGCAGGCGUACCUGCGGCAGUGGAGCGGCCGGCGUCCCUCGCAGCUCUACGGCGAGCUCAGCCUCUCCAGCCAGCUGGACUGCCAGCUCCUGGAGUACCGCAACCUGACGCUGAGGCCCCUGGUGCGGCCUUUUGGCCUGCGCGGCCAGCUGGCCCUCACCCAGGGGCCCCCCCAGGAAGGGAGGCAGUUGGACGGGAGCGUGUUCGUGGAGCCCGUGUUCGUCACCGUCAGCCAACACAUGGUGCACACGCUGGACACCGCCGUCAAGGGCUGGCAGCAGAAUCUGGACCCUGAGGCGGAGGAGCUCCUCUUCAGUCACUAUGUGAUCUGUAAUGAUACCCAGGAGUCUCUGCGUUUCGGCCAGGUGGACACGGAUGAGAACGUGCUGCUCUCCUCCCUCAACAGCCACCAGUACAGCUGGCGCUCACACAAGUCCUCACAGCUGCUGCACAUCUGCAUGGAGGGCUGGGGCAACUGGCGCUGGUCGGAGGCCUUCAGCAUUGAUAACGUGGGCACGCUGCUGAGGACCAUCCAGUACAAGGGCCAGACCGCCUCGCUCAUCAUCAAGGUGCAACAGCUUAGUGGAGUACAGAAACAGGUGGUGAUCUGCGGGCGUCAGGUGAUGUGCAGUUACCUGAGCGUGGCUCUGGAGCUGCGGGUGGUGCAGCACUAUGUGGGCACGGACGGGCAGCCGGUGGUGCGAGAGCACGUGGGCACCCUGGAGGCCGGGGGCAAGCUGCCCUCCUACGUGCUGGAGGACGGGGAGCUGACCGAGCUGUGUGUCAGGGCACACGGGGACGAGGACUGGUCACAAGAUGUACGGCUAGACAGAAAGGAGAGCUCGGUGGUGCAGGUGCCGUGUUCCAGUGGCUCUCUCCUGAAUGUGUGGUGCACCGUCGUCACACUGGAGGCAGACACACACAUGCAGCAGAGAGUGGUGGUGUUCAGUCCGCUGUUCAUGCUGCGUAGCCACCUGCCGGACCCGGUCAUCAUCCACGUGGAGAAGCGCAGCCUGGGGCUCCGGGAGAGCCAGCUGGUCCAGGGGCAGGGGCACCAGGAGGCCCUAGUCAACACAGAGGCAGACCUCACACACCACCUCACCUUCCAGGCCAGGGAGGAUGAGGACGCGUCCCAGUGUGCGGUGCCCAUCUCCUCCAGCCUGAUUAAGCAGAUCGUGAGCAAGGCGUCGGCGGAGGAGAGCAGCCAGCCCCAGGCCCUCAGCAGCCUGCUCUCGCACUUCUACGGCCGGGAGAAGACCAGCCAGGCACCCUGGCCAUACACCGCCAGAGAUGCAGACAGGUCGUCUGUGGAGACGGUGGCCCAGUGGGACAGCCCCAUGCAGGUGCGCCUGUGUGCCUGGCGGCCGGGCCUGAGCACCCUGCUGGUGGAGCUGCUGCCCUGGGCCCUGCUGGCCAACCACUCCCAGUGGGACCUCUGGCUCUUCGAGGGCGAGCGCAUCGUGCUGCAGAUCCCCGCCGGCAAGACCAUCGUGCCCCCCAACUUCAAGGAGGCGUUCCAGAUCGGCAUCUACUGGGCGAACACCAACACGGUGCACAAGUCUCCGGCCCUGAAGCUGAUGCACGAGGAGACGUCGCCGCGCUGGAAGGAGGCCGCCAGCCCCGAGGUCAUCGCCCUGGACGAGGACGCACAGGUGGAGGCAGACAUCACGCUCGGGGCCUCCCCUGGACGGCAGAAGGUUUGCCAGUUCUGCGUCUCGUCCAUGGUGCGGCACGGCAUGCAGAUCCUGAAGAUUGAGGACCGCACCAUCCUGGUCAACAACACCUCUCUGGCCCUCAGCUACACGGCCCUGCUCUCCGAACACAGCCUGGCUGACCAGAACCAGCCCUGCAGGCCAGUGGAGGCGGCAGUGUUCACGUUGGCCCCUGCGAGGGAGAGUGGUCGCCCUCGCCGCUGUGCAGUGCCCUGCUGGGACCUUCUGAAGGAGCCGGGCCCCCAGGCGCAGGGCCAGGGGCCCCCACCGCUGGAGUCCCCACUGCCUGUCAAGCACCUGCUGCUGGCCACCACCUCUGCCACGGGGCCCUCUGGUGGGCCUGAUGGCGCAGCUGCGUCCUGGAGCCUACCGAUGGCCGUGCGGCCCGACCUGCCCAGGCAGAGUGUUGCGCUACCAGCCCAGCCGGAAAGCAGCCCUGACGGACUCCACAGCAGGCCCUUGGUGUUGACGUACCAGGAGCACAUGGGUGUGACGUACGUGACAGUGAGUGAGGACCCCUCCCCACGCAUGCUGCUGCACAACCGCUGCCCCAUAGACCUACUGCUCAAGGAGAACACCAGAGAGCCGCCCCGUACGGAGGUGUUCUGCCGGCCCCUCCCGGCCCUCAGCUCCCUGCACCACGAGCUCUACCAUCAGGCCUCCGCCUUCCCCGACUGCCGGCCCCGCGAGAGCCUCCCCACGCUGCUCCUGAGGGCCACACCGGGCCCCGAGGCCCCCGCGCUGACGCCUCAGCCAGCCUGGACCGAACCCAUCGACAUCAACAGCCCUGGGACACAGGUGGUGUUUCUGCCCAGUUUUGGCUGUCUGUAUGUGGACGUGGCUCACCAGAGCGGCACAGUGGUGCUGACACUGGCACCAGAGAGCUGUGCAGGGACCAUCAUCAGUCAACACAACAGGUUGUCCAGUCAGACGGUGUCCUGUCGCGUGCUGCUUAGCGAGGCCAGCGUGGCGCUUUGUGAUGACAUCACCAGUCCCUCUGGCUCCGUGGAGCUGCUGCGCCUGACGCUCACCAAGCUGCUGCUGCACCUCUCCCCCGCCCACCUCUCCGCCCUCUCGCCCGACCUCCACAGCCCCCCCACCACCACCACCACCACCGCCACCAUUACCAACCCCUCCAUGACCCCCACCUCCAGCACCCCCAUGACCUCCUCCUCCUCAGCCUGGGACCUGCACCCGGACCCUGGCUCGACCGCGGUGGGAGUCCUGCUGGGUGGCAGCGUCCUGGAGCUCUACUGCUCCACCCUGCAGCUGGACAACCAGCUGUACACGCGAGCCAGCUUCCACUUCCCCGUGCUGCUGUGCCAGGACUCUCGCACCGCCGAUCCAUCACCAUCGUCACCUUCAUCAUCGUCAUCGUCGUCGUCGUCAUCGUCACAGAGUGCGAGUAGCGCCCCCUGGAGUGCGGAGGCCCACCCGCUGCUGUCUCCGCGCGCCCUGCAGGCCUACCGCGGCUCCUGCUUCCUGCGGCUCACCCUGACGCUGGCGCCCGACCUGGCCCUGGAGACGGCCGCCUUCCAGCUGCAGCCGGCACGCGUCUACCUGGAGGACACCUUCGUCUACUACGUCAAGACGCUGUUCCACUCAUACCUGCCCGACUCAGCCUUCGGGAGUAGUGGGGGCGUUGGUAGCCCAUCAUCCUCCUCCUCCUCCUCGUCAUGGCGGGGGUGCGGAGGGCUGCCGGAGGAGGUGUUGCAGGCCACCCAGGCCCUGGUGCGGCCGGUGCGGCUACGGAGACUCACCAUUCAGCCGGUCAGCCUGCUGGUCAGCAUCCACGCCUCCCUCAAGCUCUACAUCGCCUCCGACCACACGCCGCUCGCCUUCUCGCUGUUCGAGCGCGCCCCCCUCUGCACCACGGCCCGGCAGCUGGUACACGCGCUGGCCAUGCACUACGCCGCCGGGGCACUAUUCAGGGCAGGCUGGGUGGUGGGUUCUCUGGAGAUCCUGGGCAGUCCUGCCAGCCUGGUGCGCAGUAUCGGUAACGGGGUGUCGGACUUCUUCCGGCUGCCCUACGAGGGCCUGACCAGGGGGCCCGGGGCCUUCGUCAGCGGGGUGUCCCGCGGAACCACCUCCUUCGUCAAACACAUCUCCAAAGGCACUCUGACGUCCAUCACUAACCUGGCCACCAGUCUGGCGCGUAACAUGGACCGCUUGUCCCUGGAUGAGGAGCACUAUACGCGGCAGGAGGAGUGGAGACGCCAGCUGCCCGAGAGCCUGGGGGACGGCCUCCGACAAGGCCUGUCACGCCUGGGCAUCAGCCUGCUGGGUGCCAUCGCGGGCAUCGUGGACCAGCCCAUGCAGAACUUCCAGCGUACGUGGGAGCUCCAGAGCUCAGCGGGCAGCACGGCCAAGGGAGUGAUCUCCGGAGUGGGGAAGGGCAUCGUAGGGGUCUUCACCAAACCCAUCGGAGGAGCCGCAGAACUCGUCUCACAGACCGGAUACGGUAUCCUUCAUGGUGCUGGACUGUGGGAGCUCCCCAAGCAGCUGUACCUCCCAGCAGAGGAGCAGGCGGCCCAGGCCCCCAACAGCCACCUCAAAUACGUCUGGAAACUUCUCCAGUCUCUGGGUCGUCCGGAGGUGCACAUGGCUCUGCGCGUGGGCCUGGUGAGUGGGGGUGGUAUGGAGCAUGCGGGCUGCCUGCUGCUGACGGCGGACGUGCUGUUCGUGGUGAGCCUGAGCGAGGACACCCAGCAGCAGGCCUUCCCCAUCACAGAGGUCACCUGCACACAGGAGCCCGCACAGCCUGGAGAACUCAUACUCACGCUACAGCAGCAGAAAAUGAACAGUGACAACGAGGCCGACGGGGGUCGAGAGCGCCUGUCGGAGCAGCAGUAUCGCCGCCUGGUGGAGUAUGUGACGCGGGUGUCACAGCACCUGUCCCCCUCCCCCUCCACCUCGUCCACCUCCACAGUGGCCACCCUGCAGCAGGCCCCCAGCGUGACGGUCACCCCCGCCGAGCCACCCCCCUCCCUCACCAAGACCUACCGCUACCUGGUGGAGCCCGCGCACGCCCGCGUCUUCGUCUACAAGUUCAACACCGUCAAGAACAAGGCCCUGCGCCUGGGCUUUCACUGACACUCGCGUGGAUGUGUAUGCGAAUGCGUAUGUGUAUGCGUUUCAACAAGGAUUUCACUAACACUGAUACAACAUGCUCAAGAACAAGGCGCUGCACUUGGGAUUUCAUUGACACUGACAUGUAUGUGUAUGUGUAUGCGCUUCAACAAGGCUUUCACCAACACUGAUACACAUUUCCUGAUGUACAUUUGUGCACUAACACAAGUGGACUGCACACACAUACAGCUGCAGACACAGACACAGACACAGACAAGGCCCCUAUGCAUGCGGAGACACUUACACUGAAGUACACGUACACACACACACACACACACACACACACACACACACACACACACACACACACACACAUCCACACACACUUGCUGCUGUCCGCCACCAGCAAUGGCCUUAUUUAUUGGACCAAUGUGUUUCGGCUCUGGAGGAGCCGUGCAGACAGAUUAGUGCUACUGUUGUUGAGAUUUGUCGGGGUGUAAGUAAGUACAGUGAGUUUGUUAGUAUGCAAUGUGGAUUGUAGAUGGAGAGGGGAUUGAACUCUCUUAAAGGAUGAAAGCUAUUCAGAGGACUCUCUACUUGUGGGAUAACCUUAGAUUGUAUAUGUCUUCAGGAUUGUGGAAGUUGUCAAGAAGAGCCUUGAAGGAUGUAUGUUCAGUGCAUGUUUGCGUACGUGUGUGCAUGGUGUAAGAGUUGAAAAAAGAGUGUGUGUGUGUGUGUGUGUGUGUGUGUGUGUGUGUGUGUGUGUGUGUGUGUGUGUGUGUGUGUGUGUGUGUGUGUGUGUGUGUGUGUGUGUGUGUGUGUGUGUGUGUGUGUAGUCAAUGGGUUGAAGAGGUUUUGUGAAGAUAGAAAAGGAAAAUGCAUCUGGUCAUGUUAUUUCAUUCAGACAUAAUGUUACACACAAUCCUCCCCCACACUCACACAGAGACACACAGUUACAUGCACGGAUUACGGUUUCAAAUGGAAUAUUGGCAGUAUCUGGUUUAAAACAAGUUCCGGAAUAUUCCUUUUAUAUGUGUAUUCAUUCCGAAUGUGGCCAUGUUCUGGGAAUAUUUCGGAUGCAGAACUUUACGUUUACGUGUUUACGUGUUUAUGUGUCCCAUGUCAAAGCCGAAUAAUGCCACUAUUCCAUUUUUAAACCAGAAUACUCCUGGCAUUGAACUGCUGACACAUAUGAAUUCACAGAGGCCUUUCAUAUCCAUGCACCAGUAUUUAUUAUCACCACAUCAGAGCUGUCCAUGAGAACAACUGAGUUUAGCCCUGUUGGGAGUCCCAGAGAGAGAGGGACUACUGGCUUGGGGAUAUGACUACAAGUCCCAUCAUGCUCAGCUUUGUGUUAUUAUUGUGGCCUAUGAACACUAAUGGUAUAGAACCGGGUGUUCCAAGAACCUGGCUUAGUAGUAAACCGUGUUAGGAUUAGCCUGGAGAUAGUGCUAAAUCAGCUACCAUAGUAGAAGAGUGUGGGGUGCUGAUUUUCUGCACUAAAUGACACCUGUGGGCUAUUUAUUAACAGUUUUACCACGUCCUGUAGGUUAACUUAGGCAGGUUUAUCACUUCACCGUGUUCUUAGAAUAUCCCUCCGGGGUGGAUAGAGGAUGGGUUCUGUUUACAUUGUAGGUGGUUGUUAGGUUAGGUCAUCGUUGUUCAUCUUUGGCCGUGUAUCAAUGGGCUUGUUUGGCUGGCUGUGUCAUGGCUGGUUUAAAGGAAUGCGCUUGACUAGGUCUUUGAAAUGGUGACAUUUGUGGACAAUGUUGUCGGAAUGUGUACUAACUGCAUUAGCACCUUGUGGCAGAGACAUACCGUGUCGCAAAAUGUCCCUGUCAUCUCCCGAUUGCAUUGCCAGACAGAGGCUUUCAAACAAGCCCAAUGUCCUUCAACUACUCUGCGUCCCCCUGCUGCAUCUGUGACGGUGACAAUAAUAAUAAUGAUGAUGAUGAUUAUGCAUUUGCUGGUGAGCUGCUUACCGUACUGGCUUGUCCUUUGCGUUUACACUUACUUUUACACCUGUGCUUGAGAGCAACAUGUGAACCCCAUUGCCAACGUCAGUGCAAUAAGUGUGGUGUGGUUUAGGCUCGUUAUAAUUAAUCUGGGUGUUCUUGGCUAUCUACCAAAAGAGGAGCAAUUACUAUUCUGGAGUUUUGUAUUUUUCUUUUUUUUCAAACAGAAGAUAUUAAUUAAGUGAUUUUUUUGUGUUUUAUUUGUCUUUUUUACUCAUUCAUCUCUGCCAACACGCUCUUAUUGCAAAGGUCAAAGGUUUUAAUAUAUGUUCAAAAAAAAAUGUUUUUACUACUUGUAGAGCUUGUCGGAGAGAAUAACUACAUGAGAAAACACAUCGUUUUUGUAAGCCAUCUGAAACAUUCACCAUGUUCCUGACUGAUGUAUCAAUAAUGAGUUAAAACAUUCUAAUAAAGUAUUUAAUUAA